CAACAACACUCUUUGCACAAAACCAGUUUGGCAAUAAAAGCUUCCACUUUCAAUUGGAAUGAGGUAAGACAUGCGAUCUUACAAAUCUCAGCGAACACAUUUGAGCGAAAAGGCAAGGCGAACGGUUGGGCUACGCGAAACCGAGCGGUUUACAAAUUAAAGAAACUGAAAAAGUAACAAAAUAUUUAUACAAAAAAGCGUGAAAAAAAUUUCAAAAAUAUUAAUUUGCAUAUUUCGACGCUAAGUGGAGACACGAUCAACGAAAAAUAGAAAGGCAACAAUGUAAAAAAUAAAAAUAAAAAAUAAUUGUUAUUAUGUUUGAAAUAAAACUGGUAAUUUAAAUUAUAAAACAUUUUAAAAAGUUUAUAGACAGCGAGCGACAAGUGAUCGACGCAGAGCGUGUGCGCUAAAAAUAAACAAACAUUUCUAUUUUGUUUGAGUCCUCGGUUUGGCAAGAAAUUCAACGGUGAAUUAUGCGUGCGCAAACAAAAGCAAUAAAUAAUUUGAAAAUAUAAUUAAUAAAAAAUACUAAUCAAAAGUAUAUUUAAAUGUUAAAAUUGAGAAAAAAGUCAACUGAAGAAGCGACAAAACGGAGAUAAGAGAAUACACUUCCAAGUCGGCGUUGUUUUGUUCGAGCCAGUGUGCGUGUGCGGUGUGUGUGUGUGCCAUCAUUGCGAGCGUGAAUCGUAACGCGCCCAAAUAAGCUAUCACUACAACAAUAGCAACAAUAACGUUGACUUUUGCAACAAUAAUGCGAUUAACUAGAGCGAGUUGCGCAAGUGAUAAUUGAAACACCAAAUAAAAACUAUUAAAAAAAUAUAAACAAACAUAAAAAUAAGUAAUUAUAAUAAUAGCAAAAAAACAGCAACAUAUGAACGCCAUACAAUAAACAGCUAGGAAUAAGCAAAAAUACAAAGCAGUAAAUAAUCAUAUUUUGCUAUCAAGUAGCAACAACGCGCUGUACUUUUUCAAACACGAAAGUAAAAAAAUUAAAAUUCGAAAAUUACUUCGCUAAUGCUGUGCCGAAAUCGCAAAUAAUCUUUAUCAGCAAAGAAUAUGCGCGGCAGCUAUAACGGCCGCACGUCGUAAGCCAGCUCACAAAAUAUUGAAAAAUUAUCAAAAAAUUUUUGUUGCUUAUAUUUGUUAUUUUUGUAUAGCAAAACAUUAAUGAAAACGAACCGAGCUAGCAAACACUUCGCACGCACACUGCCGCCACUGAUAGCGAAUGAGCGACCGCAGCGCACGACGCAUGCGCCUAGUCACAUAGCAGCCAAACGCAGAUAACGCCUGCCAACAACAACGGCAAACACAAAUGCAUUGCCAUUCUCGCAUUGUACAUACAAUAAACACAAAUAAUUAAAUAAAGAUAUAUAUAUAUAUAUAUAUGUAUAUAUACAUAUAUGCCAUAUAUUUGAAUCGGUCAAUUGAAAUACACCCAACCGUCGCAGCCGAUUUGGACCACAACGGUAUCCCUGCUGCUAGCAGCUCCACUCCGCAGUUCAGCGUUCGUUUGAUAGUGGGCACAUAAAGUAGUCGAAUGCAAGGUCACUCAUAGCGCUACGACACUCAAACUGCCGCGCCGCGACAGGCAACGAAAUUGAUACCAAAAUAACAGCAAACAAAUUAAUCGAAAUCUUCACGAGAACGCUGAAAGUAUGGAGGGCGAGAAAAUGUCCACGUUCUAUUCGAGUUCGACUAAGUUAACUCAACGCAAUUGCUUGGCGCCACCCACCAUAGUGCCUCAUCUGCAGCUAACACCUUCUACUACACACACAACAACGCCGAUGCAAUCAUCCGCUCAACUCUCGCUUUCACUUAAAGUGGAAAAAGCAGUUUGCGCAAACGCAUUUCUCGAACCAUCCAACACAUCCGCGUCCACGUCCUCUGCGUCGUCUUCGUCUACCUACAACGAUCCUUUCGCCGCCUAUGCCGAAAACUUCGAUCUAUCACUACUACCUCAGGAUUGUGCUCAAACAAACGGGAAUAUACCCACUAUAGUAUAUCAAUUUGGUUGUAAUACACCCACUACACCAACAACAACGCCAACGUUGUCCCCAUCCGCCGUGCCGUUUCAUAACUUAUUAACGCCACCACAGAUUAAAGUCGAGCAAGCUUGGUCGUUCGGUUCCACUAUCUCCCUGCCGGAGGAGAUCAAGCGUGAGCCACAACCACAAUCGAUGCUUAAGUCGCCGAAUCAAUUGAUACCACCACCACCGUAUCCGCAUAUUUAUCCUUCACCCCAAUCGAGUCCCGCUCAAUCGGAAUACGGUUUUCCGCAAUCACAAUUCGCCAGUUGUUUCGAGUCGCAGAGUUCCUCGUUGAGCUCGUCGCGUUCAUCAUUACACCCCUCAUCGCCAUAUCCCUCGCUAGAUGCCUGCAAUAUUAAGCAAGAGUUACACAUCCUACCACCGUCGCCACCAGAAUCAAAUUGUGAAGCACCGUCACCGCAUUCGUCGUGGCCCGAUAUUAAAUCGGAACCGCUCGAUGCUGAUGUGGAGACUUUGAUCGAUCUGAAUAUGUUGCUCGAUAAAAAGGAGUUCUCCAACGGAGCUUAUAACGGUUACAACAACGGCAACAGUGAAUGUCAUUUGAAACCGACUACAGCGAUGCCCGUACAACAACAACAGCUGCAUCAGCAACAACAACAACAGAAAAGUCAGGAUCAUCAAAUGCUACGAGAGUUCUUCGCAGAGAACCACAUCCCCAUGGGUUGUAGCAUGAAUGAAGUUGGUGGUAAUAUCGAACAAGUGAUCUCAAUGGCACUCGAGGAUACGAAGAGCCAGGCCGUGGAGACCUGUGCCAAACUGCAGAUAUCACAAGAUCCCUGCGAUUGGUCGGCAUCCCAAGCACACUCUUGGCUACGUUCCACAGUAGCACAAUUCAAAUUGCCAGAAAUCGAAGAUUUGGAGGCGAAGUUCCCAGAAAAUGGUGCGGCACUGAUAUUACUCAGUGAGGAAGAAUUUAAGCGACGAGUGCCAGAGAGCGGCUCUGACCUAUACGCACAGCUAGAGGUAUGGCGCUAUCAUUUCAACAACAAUGCGGCAGAAAGCGACGAUGACGAAGAUAUGCUGCCCACCACAAGCGCUCUAGCUGUUGCCGGCACAACAACAACCACAACCACAACAACAAAAGCAACUGACGCCAAGCGCACCGGCCGCAGCGGUGGCUCACACAUACACCUUUGGCAGUUCCUCAAGGAACUUCUCGCCGAACCGCAUGCUCACGGCACGGCCAUACGUUGGAUCGACCGCAACCGAGGCAUUUUCAAAAUUGAAGAUUCGGUGCGUGUAGCUAAAUUGUGGGGUGGACGCAAAAAUCGGCCAGCUAUGAAUUACGACAAAUUGUCGCGUUCCAUACGGCAAUAUUACAAAAAGGGUAUCAUGAAGAAGACCGAGCGCUCACAACGUCUGGUCUAUCAGUUUUGUCAUCCCUAUCAGUUGUAAGCGAGCAAAGAAUUUUGACGAAAGUUGUAAUUGAGGCGACGCGUAGAAAAAAGACAUUUAGGUAUGAUAGUUUGGUGUAACAAAAUAAUGGCCUUAAAGACAAAUCAUUAAUUUAUUGCUAUUUAUUUAUUGAAUAUAUACAAAAUAUUUAUUUAUUUAUUUCAAUUAUAACGAAAACAUAUUUAUUCUUGGAUGCUAAGAAGUUCAAUAAUUUAUUUAUUUAUUCAAUUAUUUAUUUAUUUAUAAACGAAAGCAAGUGCCUGUAAAAUUUUACAACGUUGUUAUUUUAGAGGCAAUAGCAGUGCUUAAUUAUGCUGUUGAUAAUUCUUGAAUCUCUUAAAUGUACAGUUAGUUUCGUAUGAAAUUUGGCAACGUUGUAACGGUUUAAUCGAACAUUUGAUAUAACAACAUCACUGAAAGAUUUAUAAAUACACCUAGUAGCGAAGUAGCUUGGUAAUGCAUAUGGUAAUGUAUGCACUUAUUGCACAUUUAUAGCCAAAAAGGGUUAAACACAAAUUAGAAAUGUAUUUUCUUGAAGCAAAGAUGAUACAGUAUAUAAAUUAUCACUUUUUUUUACCGUUUAUGCAAAGUGUUUCAAAAGUUCAUCAAAUACUACGUGCUCACAAGCUCAAACAUUACUCUAUGCAUUACCAAAACUAUUUACUCACUGUUAAAAUGUUCAGAAAACACGCUUUGGUAACACUGGAAAGCCAUAUAUCUAUGAUAUAUCACUUUAAGUUCUAUGAACAAAAGAAUUUAGCUUUAAGUAUUGAAAGGAUAUUGGAAGAAAAAUAGUGCGAGAUAGUUUACAAUGAAAGUGUGCUUGGCAGAAAAGAGUAGAUAAAGCGAUUUCCAUAUUGGUAUAUUCCAAACAAUAAACAAAAUAGAAAUGCUGCCUUGAAAAUUUUUUACUAAAUAACUUUUAUGUAGCGAUAAAAUGUUAUAGAUAUAUAAACAAAAGAGAAGAUUUUCGAUGAACAUCCUGAUUUUCUGCUUAGCUCAUUUACGCAAAGACGGUGUGAAAUAUUCAUUGAAAUAUAUGCAUAUAUUUAUAUACAAACCAGAUAUUUAUUAAAGACGAUGUUUUGUGAAUGUAGUUUUAAGCGAUUUGCAUUGUAAAUGGAUACGUUUUUCGGGUGUGGGUUAUUUAUUGCAGUUUUAGGAUUUAGGCAAUUUCAAAGUGUCGUAGACAAAACAACAAAUAACUAUUUAUAAUAUUUAUUUAUUUAUAUACAUAUUUAUUGACAUUUUAUGUCCAAAAAACGACAAAUAUUUUUUAUACACAAUUAUUUAUUUAUUUAUUGCUUACAAUGUGGUGAAAUACAAUUUUUACAAUGGUGUAAAAAUUACUUAUUUAAUAAAAUAUUUAUUUAUUUAUCGAUUUUUUAUGAAGAACAAAAACACUUAGGAGCAAGACAAUGAAUAAAUCGAUGCCACUCUUAGGUGAUUAAGCAUUAUUUAUUUAUUAACUUAAUAAGGCGUUUAUUUUUACGCCAAAAAAUAACAGAAACAACAAUCGAGUAAAACACUAGCUAACAAAAGUGUUGAGCUAAACAUUUCCCUCUUAAACAAAUGCCAUUUUAAAGAAAAUUACAAAAUAACUUAUUUAUUUAUUUAUUUUAGCAUUUAGUGAAGAAAUAGUGUUUUUAAUAAUUCACCUAAGACAAUAAACGUCAAGUUGUGCCUAUUUAAUUUAUGCAAAAAUCUAAUGUGCUAAUUUAUUUAUUACAUAAUUUAUUUAUUUAUUUAUUGGCGCCAUAGCGCUAUAAUGACCUAUAAUGGUCGACAUAGCCAAGAUUCAAGUAGCUUUAAGCGUUUCAGAAUACACGAGGCAAGCACGAGUUGUUGGAACAUAAUUUUAUGUAAACACAGUUGCCAAAUAUUUCUGACCAUAUUUUUUAAUAACUCAAUGGGAAAUUAAUUGUGAACUCAAACAAACUCAUACAAAAACAUAAGAAGCGUACAACUUAUAGUUGAUUCUUAUUUUAUUUAUAUUUAUUUAUUUAUUUAUUACCGAACAAUCUAUUAUUUAUACCAUAAUUUAUUUAUUUAUUAAAAGCAAAAAAAAAAAUAAUAAUGUUUAAAAAAUAAUUAUUUAUUUAUUUAUUUAUUGCAAGAAUUGUAACAUUUCGACAAAAGAAAUAAAAUGCAAUUGACAUGUGUCAAAAAAAGUAUUGUAUUAACUUGACUUGAAG